CAGUAGAAAAAAAUUUAGAUGUCACUUUGUCUGUCGGAAAAUAUCCUGUCACACAGUCUGUUGGUAAAAAUAAAUUUUACCAACAGUUCUGUUUUAUGUUCAGUCUUGUGCUAAGAUUUUUAAUUUUACUAAUGGGGUAGAAAUGAUAGAUGAUGGUUCUUACUGUCUUUGUAAAAGGAAUAUUUUUCCAAUUGGUUGUUGUCCCAUCCCUUCUGAGAUGUUACUACUCAUGUGUGCUUAUUUCACCCUGGCAUAACCAAUUUUCUACCUUUUCCAUUGCAGAUCUAUCUUCAGUAGUUAUGGUGGAAUUUGCUUAAUUCUUGUCUACUUGACCUCCCUGACAUAUUUAGCUAGAAGGUCUUGCUGAGUAAUCAGAGACACCAACAAGGUUGGAAGCAAACCAGAACAAAUUAACAAGCAAACGCACAACUAAAAGGUACAUGUGUUUCCCUUACUCUUUGACAUCAGUUUUUCUUACUUCUAUGUGGUUUACUAACUACUUUUACAUACUUUAGUUUUUUUUUACACGAUGUUUUGCCUUUUGAAUGUAUGACUAGAAUGCUUGUUGAGCUUGAGAGCUAUGGCAACCAUUUGUGUUUUUGCAGUAUCAUAACAAAUAUUUGCAUUUUAUAUUCAGACAUUUAGUAUUUCAUUAUAAAAGGCAAGCAUGGAUAAGAGAUGGAUGGAUCUGCCUAGGAGCACAACUGAGUACAGACGUGGUGUCAAUAACUUCAUAGAAUUUGCUUUUACUCAUUCAGCAAAAGGAAAUAAAAUACUGUGUCCUUGCAAGAAGUGUGUUAAUUGUUCAUGGUUGGAAGCAAACAUUGUAAUUGAACACCUGAUAUGUGAUGGAUUUAAGCAUGGGUACCGGCUGUGGAUUUUUCAUGGGGAAGCAUCAUCUUCUGCACAUUGCACUACACAUGAACAAGUUCAAGUAGAACAGAGGGCAGUUGAUCGUGAUGAAAUUCCUGAAAUGCUUAGAGAUAUGGCAUAUGGUUUAGAUCAAAUGGGGGAGGGGGGUGCUGCUGAUGGCAGUUCAGGGGAUGCCAAUAAUGAUGUCGAUGAUUUUUAUAGAUUAGUAGAUGAUGCAAGUCAGGAGCUGUACCCUGGUUGCAAGACCUUCUCUAAACUAAAUUUCUUAGUCUGUUUGCUGCAUACAAAAUUUCUAGGAGGAUGGAGUGAUAAAAGCUUUGACAUGCUACUGGACUUACUUAGAGAGGCAUUUCCUGAAGGUGCAGAACUACCUAAAAAUUUUUAUGAAGCAAAGAAGGCCGUUAAAUCUCUAGGUUUUGGCUACAUUAACAUUCAUGCUUGUGAAAAUGAUUGCAUAUUAUUUUGGAAACAGUAUGAAAAUUAUACUUCUUGCCCAAAAUGUAAUACUUCUCGAUGGAAGAUGGAAAGAAAGAGUCUUGAUGGAAAACGUUUCCACAAAGUUCCUAGAAAAGUUCUUAGGUAUUUCCCAAUUAAGGAAAGACUUCAAAGACUAUACAUUAACCCAGAGAUGGCCAAAAAUAUGAGGUGGCAUGAUGAAGGACGUACAAAAGAUGGAUUGCUUAGACAUCCAGCAGAUUCUCCAGCUUGGAAACACUUGGACACAGUCCAUCCUACCUUUGGUAAUGAAAGUCGUAAUAUAAGAUUAGCGUUAGCUACUGAUGGCUUCAAUCCCUUCAUAUCCUUGAAUUCUACCCAUAGUACUUGGCCUGUUAUUGCAAUUCCAUACAAUGUGCCACCCUGGAUGUGUAUGAAACAACCUAAUUUCAUCCUAUCACUGUUAAUUCCUGGUCCAACUGCCCCUGGUAAUGAUAUGGAUGUCUACAUGGAACCAUUAAUAGAUGAUUUGGAAUCUCUUUGGCGUGAAGGCAUUAGGACUUAUGAUGCUUCUAAGGGUGAAUUUUUCCAACUGCGUGCUGCAGUAUUAACCACCAUAUCAGACUAUCCCGGCUUAGGAUAUUUUCAUGGAUGCACAACUUCAGGUGAAGUUGCUUGCACUGAUUGCCACAUAGAAACCGGUUAUACAAGGCUAUCAAAGGGCAGCAAGAGUUCUUACAUGGCACAUCGCAGGUUUUUAGAUGCUGAUCAUAGAUUUAGAUCAGAUACAAAAUCAUUUGAUGGCACAACAGAAUUUAGACUAGCACCUUCUCCUCUUUCUGGUGAGGAUGUUUUGAGGCAGGAGGAGGGAUCAAAAUGUUGCUGAGAACAAGCGCAGGAUACAAGUUCUAAAUCUAGAAUCUAUGCUAAAGUCUAUAAGGACUGAAGGAGCUAGCUCUUCACAGCAAGCUAAGAAAACUAGCAAGAAGAGAAAAUGCAUUAGCUCUGUGCCAAUUGAACCUCGAAAUCUACGCCCCAGACUAGCAAGAAUUGAUACAACAAAUGAGCAUGUAGGACAUAGUGAUCUGCACCCUAGGCUACCAAGAAAUGGAAGUACUAAUGGUCCUGAAGGACAAGAUGAAGGUCCUCAACCUGUGGCUGCUGAACAGAAUGGGGAUUCCAACAGAGCACAACCAAAGAAACGAGAAGGAAGAAAAUUCACUAGAAAGGAUAACAUAUGGUUUAGAGAAGAAGACGAGCCACUGAUCAAGAUGGAGUUCAACGAAUUUGAUCAGCCAGUAGGGAAAGCUGCUAAAGAGUUUCCACAUGUUGUUGGUACACUUGUAAGAACUAAGGGUUUCCCUCUCAAUCAUGAUGACUGGAGACAUGUUGAUGAAGAUUCGAAGCAGUUCAUUAUCGAUGCUUUGGAGGUAUGACAACUAAUAUAUUUGUUCUAUUAUCG